AUGUCAUUGACAUUGAAGCUCUCCUCCUUGGCUAUUCGGACACUGUCCAAACCUAUUGCAUCGCAAAUCAAGGCCCAAGCACGCGAACAUGAGCGAUUUCGCAACAUCUGCGUCUCUAUGGCGCAAGCUCUCCACCGAUUCGAUAUGCGCCUCCGGCUAGGUUCUCUCCGUGACAAUGCCGCUUCCCAAAAAAGGGCAGCUGCCGAGGCAGAAGCUCGAAAGCACAAGCCCUCAAUGCCCACCGUCAAGAAUGCCUCCGAAACCAAAGCCGCGGAAGAGGCUGAGGCCAAGGCCAAGGCUGCCGCAGACGAAGCGGCCAAACCCCACCACUACCGCAUCCGACCUUUGUCCGAGUCCAAGGCUAUCGAGUCCGGUGCCAACUUCAUCUCCGAAUCCUUCCUCUUCGCUGUCGCCGGCGGUUUGAUCCUGUUCGAGUCAUGGCGGUCUCGCAACAAAGAAAGCACAAGGCGCGAGGGUGUGGAAGGACGGCUGGCAGAGCUUGAACAAUCGGAGCAGGCUGCGCGUGGGGCUUUGGUCGCCCUGGAGAAGGAGUUGCUCCAGCUGAGAGCGAAGCACGGUGACAUGGCGAAGUUGCCUUCGCAACGAAUCCUCUCUCGUGAGAUAUAUGAGCAGGCUCCAGAGAUCGAUGAGCCCGCAGCUGCGCCGGGCUGGCUGUCACGCGUUUCCUCCUAUCUCACUUUUGGACAGAGUAGUGAGAAGACACCCGAGCCUGCAUCUAAAGCUCAGCCUUCUGGGGACAACGCUGUCCCGACCGUUCAGAGCCCAGAAGUACCUCCUGCUUCAACUGAAAAGGCUCCGGCGUCCCCAUGUAAGAGUCAGUAA